UGCCCCAUCAAAACAGGCGGCCUCGGGGAUUGGCUGCUGGAUUGUUUUGGUAUCCGAUUCCGCAGCACCGAUUCCAGACCUUCAACUUCGUGUGCGGUAUUGUAGAUACAAAAUAGCCACGCAUUUACUGUAAAGCCAUUUUUUCUCACCAAUACCGCACAUAUUUUGGCUAGAAUGGCCACGUCUGUUGCCACGACCUAUUACCCAUUUGUGCUGCAAUAUUUACUCAAGGCUAUUUUCUUCUCAGUAAUAAAACAGUAUUCUUGGGGUAGGCACGGUGGGUACUGUGGCUGAAGAACUGUUGAGAACCUGAAGCAUGCUUGCUCUAAACCUUUUUGUCAUCUCUCCUUUGCAUAACAAAGGAGAAAUUAAUAUCUCCUUCCACUUUGCGCUCGUCGCCGCAUCGGCAUAUGUGCCUUACAAAAAAAGGAUUCGCUUGUUUUAGACACUUGUUCUAACUCUAGACUAGGGGUUCCAGAUGGCCGACCUCUGAGUGUACAGCUAUCAUGUGCUUUUCACCAUCUCAUGGUUCAUCCAGAGGUCUCCAUCCUCUUCCCGCAGUGAUGCUCGUUGUCAUAUCUUUGUCAUUUGAUCAAAAGGUGUUCCCCCUCUUUUUUGGGUCCGAAGAAUAGGUACAUUUUUGUGAGAUCAACUUCUGCAUCAUUUGUUGAUCUGUGAUUUGCUGGGAAACGGUGUGCUGUCGACGAAUGAGCUUUAGGUGCGGCAUCUAACUAUUUGUACGUGCUCUGCGUCGUGGCCGAAAGCAAAAAUGAAAAUGUCUCAAUACAAGUUUAUAUGUCUGAAGUUUUUCUUGUAAUUAGGUUUGGGAUCAGCAUACAAGAUCCAGACAUUUCCAUACUCACCCGCCUCCUUACGGAAUUUUAAACUUAAGUUGUUGGUCGCUAAGUUUGAACUGUCAUAGUUGCUACCAAAUCAACCAUUUGGUUUGCUCUCAGUAUUAUUUAUUUAAAUAUAAAUUUCAACAAAUUUUACUUCAAAACCAUUACUUUUACAGACUAAUAUAAGAGGGUUUAUAUUAUUAAAUUAAUAUUGUAAAUGCUUUUAUAUUAGUUUACCGGGAUUACAUGCCCGAGUUGUUUGCAGGAAGCAAUCGCGUGUCCUCUUCCGACGGAAAGGGCGGUUGCGUGCGUGUCUCCGCUGGUUUCCUUCCACCGCAUCACCGACCCUCUGCUCUCGUCAAUGGCGCCGCUCCGCGUGUCGCCACGCCAUUCCUCGCACCACCGCUCGUCCUCGUCCUGCACCGGCAUUGCCGCGUCGGGGGCAGUAACUCAUUAAUAAAGCCACCGCCCAUCGAGACCGAGGUGCAUUGCAUGGGGAAGAAGAGAGAACCCCAUCUCAACUCUCAAGCCUCAAGAGCUCACAGUGGAUAAGCUCGCGCUCUGCUCUCACUCCCAGACACACACACACUACACAGCACAGACACUCUCUCUGCUUCACGAUCUUCUCCACUGAGCUCGCGAGGAGGAGAGCCGCAUCGAUCUAUUCCCGACCAUGGCUGCGCGAGCGCUGACCGCCGCCGCCGGCCGCCGGGUGGCCGGCCGGACCGGGACGACGCCGCUUCUCGCCUCGUGCAGGAACGGGGCCAGCAUGAGCCACUCCUCGGCCACGGCCGGCGCGCGGCGGGAGGAAGAGCCGUACAAGGACGUGCAUGGCCCGGCGGCGGCGGCGGCGAUGACGGGGGCGCAGGUGGAGGCGGCGCUGAACCGCAAGAACGUGGAGGUGCUCCAGGGCGAGGAGGAGGAGGAGGAGCACGUCGCCACGGUGCUGCCGGACGAGACCGUCAGCAUCCCUGCCGGUGACGGCGAGGAGGACGCGUCGUGGGUGCCCGACCAGGACACGGGCGUCUUCGGCCCCGCCCACGUCGACGCCACCCACGGCGACGGCGGGGCAGCGCAUCCCGCCCCGCCGCACCUGUUCGGAGGCGCCACGGCCACGGCGUACUCCACGCACGGGUCGGUGCUCGACCAGGCGGUGUUCGUCCGGGAGGAGGACAUGGAGGACGUGGAGAGGCCCGCCGCCGUCGACAUGGCCAACGCCAACGCAGACGUCAACGGCAGCAUCAAGAACUUCUAGUGUCGGUUUCAGUUUCAGGCGAUCUGUCGGUCCUCUGUACUUUCAGGUUCAGUAAGCUAAGUUUAGUGCUGGCGCCACUGCCUCCGUAGUGGUGCACUCUAGAAGAGAAUAAGCCCCCAAUCCGUCUCUGUAGGGUAGUGUUUCACUGGUGCAGUUAAUCAGUAAUGCUCAUGUAUUAAUAACCAGUUUGGUACUAGUAUCAAUAAAGAAGUUAGCCUCAUGUUGCUCUUAAA